GAGAGUUUGUUUUGUCACAGAGAAAAAAAGAAGAGAGAAAAAGAUGCCGGCGGCGAAGCAGAGGACCCCGAAAGUAAGCCGAAACCCUGAUCUGAUCAGGGGUGUAGGCAAGUACUCUCGCUCGCAAAUGUACCACAAGAGAGGUUUGUGGGCAAUCAAGGCCAAGAACGGCGGCGUUUUCCCUCGUCACGACGCUAAGUCCAAGGUUGCAGCUCCCGUUGAGAAGCCGGCUAAGUUUUAUCCGGCUGAAGACGUUAAGAAGCCGCUCGCUAACAGACGCAAACCUAAGCCUACCAAGCUCAAAGCAAGCAUAACUCCAGGAACUGUGUUGAUCAUCCUUGCUGGUAGAUUCAAGGGAAAGAGAGUUGUCUUCCUCAAGCAACUCUCUUCUGGUUUGCUUUUGGUUACAGGACCAUUCAAGAUCAAUGGUGUGCCAUUGAGACGUGUUAACCAGUCUUAUGUGAUUGGAACCUCCACCAAGGUUGACAUUUCUGGAGUCAGCAUUGAAAAGUUCGAUGACAAGUACUUCGGGAAGGUUGCUGAGAAGAAAACCAAGAAAGGAGAAGGCGAGUUCUUUGAAGCAGAUAAAGAGGUGAAGAAAGAGAUCCCACAGGAGAAGAAGGAAGAUCAGAAAACAGUUGACGCAGCCCUGAUUAAAGUCAUUGAAGCAGUGCCGGAGCUCAAGACUUACCUCGGAGCCAGAUUCUCAUUGUCACAAGGAAUGAAACCCCAUGAGCUUGUUUUCUAGAUUUCAUCAGCAUAUCUUCUUGUUUCCCAUCAUCAAAUUUCAAGAACAUCUGUUUUCCCCUGAGAUUUUGUUCUCUUUUAAAAUUAAAAAGACUAUUUUCUCUGAUU